CACACUCCAGAGCACGUUUUGUGAUCUGAUGUGAAUGAAGUUUGUUCAUAUUUGGAUUGAUUUGACUUGAUUUUUUGGCUUGAAUUGUCAUUUUGGGGGGAUUCUCUCUCACUUUUAGUCGUCUGUUAUAGAAAUUGCCUGUUACGCCGUUGACAAAGUGUGCCAUCUACAAUGAAAAUCAUGAAAAGACCAAAUAUUCUACUGACAGGAACUCCUGGAGUUGGUAAAACGACCUUGGGGAAGGAGCUUGCCCAGAGAACAGGGUUAGCAUACAUCAAUGUAGGAGACCUGGCUCAAGAAGGACAACUGUUUGAUGGAUUUGAUGAUGAAUACCAGUGUCCGGUGUUGGACGAGGACAGAGUGGUGGAUGAAUUAGAAGAUAAGAUGGGAGACGGAGGUGUGAUAGUGGAUUACCAUGGAUGCGACUUCUUCCCUGAGCGAUGGUUCGACAUUGUCUUUGUUCUUCGCACAGACAACACGAAUUUAUAUAACCGACUGGAGGGCAGGGGCUACACGGGAAAGAAACUUCAGGACAAUGUCCAAUGCGAGAUCUUCCAGACCAUCUACGAGGAGGCCAUGGAGGCCUACAAGCCAGAGAUUGUUCACCAGUUGCCUAGCAAUGAGCCAGAGGACCUGGAGAGGAACCUGGAUCAAAUUUCACAGUGGAUAGAGCAGUGGUUAAAGGACAAUAACUAAACAGAUCUCUGACCCCAGCUGUUCGGACUGGCAGAUGCUUGUGAAAUCAUUUUCACACCUGGAAGGGCCGCAAUACUUCUCCAUCCACACAGCUGUUCAGACGCAUGAGCGCAGAGAGGUUUUAUCUGUUACAUGCACUUGGUUGAAGUAUCACAAGGUGUCUGAGGCUUGAGUGGCCGAUAGAAAUUACAGUUGUAUUUUUAUAGUGUACACAGCACCUUACACAUGUAGGACGUUUGUGUGAGGCUUUUGUAUGAAACAUGGUGAUUGUUUGGAUAAGUAAAAGAUUGAGCAAGACUAUUGUAAUUUGGCACUUACAUUCCAGUUAAGGUUUUAAGUUUGAAAGUAGUUUCCAAGACAAUAAUCUGACUUGACUGUCCCAGGCUUAAUGACAAAUUGAAGGAAUAGGCUUGAUCUAGUAUCCUUUUUUGGAGUUUUGACUCCAGUUUUUUUCACUCAGCCCUUAUAUAGCCUAGUGUGUUAGAAUAAAUGUUUAAUGCAUUGUACAAAACUGAACUGUUAAAAGCAACACAAUGUAAUACAAAUGGUGAGGCCCAUUUUCUACUGGUCCUGCAGUUGAUAUAAAAAAUCAAUAUGCAGUUGCAGUUAGGCAUGAAGAUGGUUGGUUGAAGAUGUCAUCAGUAUCAGUAAUAAAAUGAACAGUCUAUUGGCUCUGAGUAGACUACAAAUAAAGAUGAAUGCUGAA